ACGUAUAAAUUCAGAAUCCUAACUCAGUUCCUCAAACCGGUUCACUUCAUGUCAGCCGAGGAUGUCUCAGUUUCGGCGAGUUCUCUCACUUCUUGCUCGUAAUCAGCCUCAAACCUCUCUUUUCAAAGAACCCCCUUCACAAGUCCUACCUUCUGCAAGUGCAUUCUUCAGCAGUAGACAUAACUUUUAUAGAAGAUGGCUCCAGAUUCAAGCAAAUCCAGAUGGCCAGUCUAAUGAGGAUACAGAAAACCAUGAAGCUGACCAUUUAAAGUCUGCUUCUGACUUGGCUAAUGUUCCUUCCGAGGCAAACCAUUCCGCUGUGAAGCAUACUGCUGUUUCCAACUUGAAAACAUCCUCAAGGCAUGAUCUUGCCAUGAUAUUUACAUGCAGGGUCUGUGAAACAAGAUCAGUUAAGACAGUUUGCCGCGAAUCAUAUGAGAAAGGUGUGGUGGUGGCAAGAUGUAGCGGGUGUAAUAAUUUACAUCUGAUUGCAGAUCGUCUUGGGUGGUUUGGUGAACCAGGAAGCAUCGAGGAUUUCCUAGCUGCUCGUGGCGAGGAAGUAAAAAAAGGCUCAGUUGACACCCUGAAUCUAACUCUUGAAGAUUUAGCUGGAAAGGGAGCCCUGAAAGGGUAAACAUGAUAUGUAUUUGUGAUGAGAUUUCUUGAUGUGAACGUUUUGAAGCAUUUCUUAAUGUUAACCUCCUCCCAAAUACCAUGUUUUAGAUAAAACUAAAAAUUUAUAGUCAAAACCUAUGUGUUCUUCCCCA